UUUCACCCAUCCUGCCCUCAGACAUUUCUCUCUGAGCCCGGGAUACGUCGGCUGUCAACAUGAGCGUCUCGGGGAUCCACCAUGGCGUGCUAAGGAUGUAUGGUGGAUUUAUUUUCAAACAGUGGAAGAAGAGAUUUCUGCUCCUGACAGCUGAGGGCAGUCUCCUUGUGUGCCACGAUGCCUCAUCUCCCCCUGACCAGCUGGUGCUGUUGCAGAGCAGCUGUGAGGCAAUCGUGGAAGGCAAAGAGAUCCUAGACCUGCCUAAGUUGCCCUCCGGUGGAAGUAGGGAUUGCUGCUUUGCCCUGAUCCUCCCCCAGAGCAAGUACCUGCUGCUGAUGACUGAGACCCCUGCAGACUGCAGUCAAUGGCUGAAUGUGCUGAAAAAAGUGAAACAGAGUCUCUCAUCACCUCUCAGUCCUUGUAAGCGACACCAGGUGCCACCACCACGAAUUACUCUCCGAGAUCUGGUGCCUGAGCAAAUCCUCGACAAAGAUCCACCAACUCCACCUGUCAGCGACACAGAGGCACCUUCCCCGGGGCCUAUGACUUGUGCUUCCCCGCGGGAGAAAGGCAGGAGUUCUCCUCGCACAAAGUAUUACAAAGGAGGCGUACAUUCACCAGGGUGUCUGCGCCAUGGCACUAUCAGUAAUGCCCAAGCAGUGAGGGCGGUUUAUCUGCUGAUGGGAGGGGCUGCUGCUUCCUCUGCCAUGGGUUACCUAGGCGCAUGCUCGCUCCCUAAUCUGGAAGCCAAAGCUCCUGACCUGCCAAUCAACACGGAUUUCUCUGGCAUGGGACCAGCAGGAGCGUACCACACCGGCAGCCCUGCACUCGACUCCCCUCAUUUUAACAGCUUUGACUUUGAAGUGGCAGAUUCUGAUUUUGAUGCUUUUGAUUGUGGUGGAUUUACUUUCUAAUGAUGUGCUGCACGGAGGCCAUGGAUACAUGAUGCUAAAAACUUACUAAGUUGCUUUGAAAUUCAGUCAGUACUUCAACUGAUAACCAGUAACUGAUUUUUUUUUUUUGUGUAUUGACCCAGUGAAACGAGUGUGAGCACAACAUUGAUCACACCUUGUUGAUAGAGCAAACUUGUUAGCAAACAGUUGCUUAUUUACACUAUGAAAUCAGUUAGGUUUAUCUUAGAGUCAGCAGUUACAGAGCAACAUUUGCAUUCAUUUGGAGGCGUGUCUCUGUCCCCAGGCAGAGGCUGUGAUCACCAAUUUACCAUUGGGGCAGCAAACAUUUUCAAUGUACGCCUUCUGUUGGGCCAGGAGGGAAUUUCUAGAGCAUUAAACCGACCAUUUUAAAGUAUUUUUGGUCUCUGUCUGUCUCUUUAGUUGCUAAAAUGCUCCACAAAGUUCACCAGCUUAUUGCUAACUGCGUCUGUCUGCUGUUUGGUGCUGAGCAGUAAGUGUACAGUUGGUUUUUAGAGCUUUUUUUUUUGCUUCAACACACAUUUCUGGUAUAUUACUUUGUGACAUCAACACAGUAUUUGUACUUGUGAUCCUCGUGACGAAAGAUAAAAUAGUUGCUACCGUGCAGUGCAGUUGAUGACGUGCAGUGUUUUAAUGUGUAAUAGGCCUUUGCAUUAAUCUGUUACUCUAUCUGUAUUUCCUGGAGUGUAUUUUAUCUUUGUCUCAUUGGUAACUAACUCUGAUGAGGGUUAUAUCAAAUUAUUAUAUUAUAUUCAACACUUGAGAUUUUUUUUUAAAUUCCAGGAAUAUUUUGUAACAUUUGAUUUACAUUUAAGUGUGACCAAAAGUAUAACUUGUAAAAACAUAAGUGAGACAAAGUAGAGAACCUGUGUUGUGAUAUUGACACUUUGAUAAUUAUUGCAAAAAUAGUUUUGUUCAUAUUGCCCUCCCCUUAUGUGCACUAUUUGGUGCGAUAAUUACAUAAUCAACAAUAUCUGUGAUUGUGAUGAUAAUUUGUGAGAAUGCAAAUAUGCUCUGUAUGUGUUUGUCACGAAUGAACCACAUGUUACUAUGCUCUGGAUACUAAUGGCAGAUUUGCAACAUGACACAUUGUGAACUGUUUCUGCAUAAUGUUGUAGGAGUAUUCUGUUAUUUUAAAACCUUUGAUGGGUUUGCAUCAGAUUUUUUUUUAGCUACAGUUAAACUCUGAUUGUGGACAAGUUAACGUCGCCUACUAAGGCUCUUCUGAAUUUCAGCAUCAUCCACCUUUGUGCAUGUACUGCGUUUCUUUCCAAUGUCCAGUUGUUACUGUGUUUUAUAUCUUUGUUAGGUUAAAAGCAGAUUAAUGUUAUGUUUAUUGGAGCCCAUUUGAGUUACUUUAUAUGAAUAAAACUGAGAAAUGGAAAUGAA